AUGGUUUCAGAUCUGAAACCCACCACAUUUACUGGCGGCCCAGACCCAAUGAUAGCAGACGCUUGGGUUAAAGACAUGGAAAAGAUUAUUCGUGCCCUACCCUACACCGAAAGACAGAAGCGAAUUCGCACUGCUCAGAGCCGCCAGAAAAGUUAUGCAGAUACUCGGAGACGGGACUUAGAAUUUCAAGUAGGGGAUCAUGUGUUCCUCAGGAUCUCACCAACAAGAGGAGUGAUCCGAUUUGGAAAGCGAGGAAAGCUAAACCUACGUUACAUCGGGCCAUUCGAGAUACUAGAAAUGAUUGGUCCUGUAGCCUAUCGCCUUGCACUACCACCUGAACUAUCUAAUAUCCACAAUGUGUUUCAUGUUUCAAUGAUUCGGCAGUACCUUCGAGAUCUAAAGCACGUUGUUGAUUACGAGGAUCUGGAAGUUCAGGAAGAUCUCUCUUAUAAAGAGCAACCAGUGCAGAUUCUCGAUCGUCAUGAUCAAGUUCUCCGAAACAAGACCAUACCGUUGGUAAAAGUCUUAUGGUGA